CAUAAUUCUUCCGCAUUGCUGCAAGUGAAAGACUGGAUGUUACAUCGACAGACCGAUCUUUUUUAUCUUUCGAUCUGAUCACGCCACAGGAUGUUACGCCUCUUAAUUUUAGCGUCUAUGUGCGCUAUUAUUAACGCCGGCAUAUUAUCAAAUUACAUGCUGGAAUAUCCUCGUACUUUGCAAAGCUUGUUCGGCACGAAAAGAGAAGCCACUGAGGAGAGAACUGGUGAACGCGAAGUAUGCAAGACCAAAGAAUGCAGUUUAAUUGCAAAAAUAAUAAAGGAGAGUAUGGAUGAGUCAGUGGACCCAUGCGACGAUUUUUAUGACUAUGCUUGUGGAAAUUGGUCGAAUGUCACUCCCAUACCUGAAAAUGCUUCUACCUGGAGUAUGUGGGAAAUGGUGCAGGAGAGGAUCGAAGGACAAAUUAAAGGUUUGAUUGAAAAUGAGGAAAAACCUAGUGACCUGUUUGCUGUGAAACUUGCUAAGAAGUGGUACCAUAGCUGCAUGGACGAAGAAAGCAUAGAGAAAAGAGGGGUCGAACCAUUAUUGAAUUCUUUAUGGAGACACGGUGGAUGGCCAAUUAUCAUGGAAGAUGGAGAAUGGGACGAAAAUAUAUAUAAAUGGCAAAUAGUGGAUGACCAAUAUGGUCGUUUAAUGGGAUUGAAUGCGUUUUACGAAGUAGACUUCGGGCAGAUAUCAUGGGAAAGCGAUCCAUCCCUAUUGAUUAUGAGACCUCAUUUACCAGUAGGUGCACGGAGACUUAUUUCAUAUAAUGAGUUCAUGGAAUUACAAAUGGGAAUGGACAGCAGCGAUGAAAACAAUGAGAGCGGAGAAGGUAGCCAGGAAAAGGGGAGCAGGGAGAAGGCUGAAGAAAAUGAACACAAUAAGGACAAGGAGGAGGAUGAAGAAGAGAGUGAAGAAGAUAAUGAAAUUGACGACUAUUCCGAUACUGCUGAAGAGUCUGAGGAGAAACUUCAGAAGAAGAAAGUAGCUGUUGGACAUCGCAGACGUUUGGUUCACGGCAAUAGGAGACAUAAUAAUAAGAAAGUGGCGAAUAGUCAUAGUAAAUUAAGGAGGAAAAGAGUGAAGAGGAAUGUUACCAACCAAAAGCUUUUGCAUAAAUUAUUGCAUCAACUGGAUAAAGCUAAGAAGCACAAAGCCCAUGCUCAUGUGGCACACAGUAAAUUAGGGCACAAAGGAAAAAAGGUACACUCUGAGAAGAACAGCAACAAGGGGAAAAGGAUUGAACAAUCACGUAAGAAGAGAGUAACGAAGAAGAAAAUUGCAAAACGGCUUGGUCACGGUAAGAGGAAGAGUGAAAAACAUGAAGCAAUGCGAAAGAAAUCGAAGACAACUGAGAUGAAAGGAAAGAUACAUGGCAACGAACAUCGCAAGAAUCAGAGAAUUGACAAUCACAGAAUACAUCAUGCGGUAAACAAGAUUUCAGAAAACGAUGUUGAUGAAGAAGAUAAUAAUGAUAUUGAUGAAACUAAUGAAGAAGACAAUGAAGAGAAGGGAGAUGAUGAAGAGACCGAUGAAGAAGAUAAUGAUGACAAUGAUGAAGAUGAUAGUGGUGAUAAAAAUGAAGAAGAUGACGAAGAUGACGAAGAUGAAGAUGACGUAGAUGAGGAAGCUGAAGAAGAAAGAGUGAAAAAGGCGAGGGAAGAGUAUCGCGAGUACAUUUUAAAUGUGUCUCUGGUACUUUCCAGAGAAAGAGGAAUCGAAGUACCAAGAGAACAAAUGCUGAAGGACAUAGAUGACAUGAUUGAUUUCAUAAUUAAAUUAAUACACGUGAUGAUUGUAGAUGAUCAAGAUUUCGAACUAUUCAAUACGACUCUUAGUGGAUUCCAAGAGCUAUACGAAAGUUGGGGCCCCAUCACACCUACUAAUAAAAUAAAUUGGGUAAAAAAAGUAGAAAGACUCUUUGCUGAAGCUGACGUAGAGAUCGGUGAUGAUGAAGAAGUAAUAGUACCAGGUACCACGUAUUUUGAAAAACUUCAUGAAUUACUCAGUGAAACCCCUAAGAAAGUAAUUGUUAACUAUGUUCAUUGGCUCUUUAUUGAAGAGGCAUUGAUGGCUACAGGAAAAGAAUUGCUUGAGUUAUUUUACCAAUGGACCGGAGACAACAGAGUCGGAUCAAGAGAGAAAGUAUGUUUAAAUCUAGUACAACUGACUAAUAUAGCGGGAUAUCAAUACGUUCAAGAAUAUCUCAAAGAAGACGUUGCAAAAGCGGCCAGGGAUAUGAUCGAUGACAUACAAAAGGAGGUCGAAUACCAGAUUGAAGAAUCGAACUGGGUGAGCGAGGAUACAAAACACUUUGUUUUAGAUAAACUAGUGCACAUGGAGAACUGGAUCGGUUAUCCCGAAUGGUAUCGAAAUACUACAAUUGUCAAACGCUACUUCCAAGGGCUCACCAUCGGUCCCUCGUUCUACGAAAACAUUAUAAAUUACAUGAGAUAUCGUAAAUGGAAGAAUUUUCGAGCAGUGGUACAAGAAGGUUCAGAUGAUGAAAUUAACGACAUGUUGGAUCCUUUGGAAUUAAAUGCAUUUUUCAUGCCAACGGAGAACACUAUAUCAAUCACAGCGGCAGAUUUGCAAAGUCCAUUCUUUUCUCCCAAUCGACCAUGGUAUGUAAAUUUCGGUAUUAUUGGACUUAUCAUGGGCCACGAGGUAAAUCACGGAUUCGAUGAUCAAGGUCACUUAUUCGACAAAGAUGGUAACCGAAUGGAAUGGUUGACCGCGAUGGCCGACGCUUAUAACAAGAGAGCUAAAUGUUUCAUUAAUCAAUAUAACAAAUAUAGUAUCCUCAAAGGAGAAAAUUUCACGGUUGAAGACUAUGGCAAUCAGACUAUAGGUGAGAACAUCGCGGAUUCCAUGGGUAUGCACGCAGUAUUCAGAGCUUAUAAACGAAGAGAACGAGAAUGUGGAAAAGAAGAUCCUGCUCUACCGGGAUUAGAACAGUUUAGUAACAAUCAGAUGUUCUUCUUAUCAUUUGCGAAUUUAUGGUGUGAAACGGAAAACGAAGAUAUGCUGAGAAUGCAGGCCAUGUACGAUGUACACAGUACAGCACGUUUGCGAGUGAUUGGCCCGGUGUCAAAUUCCGAGGACUUCGCCAAAGCCUUCAAAUGUCCAGUGGGCAGUCGCAUGAAUCCUGCGAAUAAAUGUAACAUAUGGAAGUGAUACACAAAUUUCCAUGAUUUCAUUAGAAUUAUAUUUUCAUGAUGUAAUCUUUACGAGAAUUUAAUACAGAAUACAAUUUGCAAAAGUAA